AUGUGUGAGCCUCCUUUCAGCGCGGACUGUGAGCUUUGCAAAAGACUAAUGGUGACUACCGAUGGCCAUAUUAAAAGGAGCCCCAACCCCGCUCAUGAUAGCCAGGUGGCGACGAAUAAAAAGGAAUAUUUGCCUGGCGAGCCUCGUAUACAGCUUGAUGACCCAGCUAUGGGCGCGUAUCUUGAAGAAGAAUUGGCAACGCCAGAGCUCAACCAGUUAUCUCCCCACCUCUGGCUUGUUGCGAAGCAGGACAGUGCCCAUAUCUCAUCUUUGACGCAUCAAAAAGUCCGCGGUCGCGAGAUCAUCAUCACAGAGCAGCCCAGGCUGCAUCUUGUCUGGUACAACGAUCGUGUGUUUAUCAAACCCUUGCCCAAAUACCUCCUCUCACGCGCUUUUUGGGAUUUCUACCUCGUCUCUCCGCACUCAUCUCUGGAAAAGUCACUGCAGAAAGAAUUGCGAGAGGCGGCUCUUGGUUUUCUCCGGUCAUAUAGCUAUCUUGUGCGGCGACGAUCUGACUUUGACCUCGCCAUGGACGAGUCUCACCGUCUUCUUCCGAAAAAGACGACAUAUUCUGGCUUUAUCAAAUUGAUCAAGUCGCUGGAAACCAUUGAUGACCAUAUGGUCUCUCCACGCUAUCACUACGGCGAGCUGCGACUCUCGCGGCUUAAUUUCUGGAUUAAAGUCUUCAACUUCCGGUUUGCCUACCAAAAGAUCGAGGGCCAGUACAGUCUCUAUUUUGCACGGUUCUAUGGACCUAUCCUCUUUCUCUUUGGAGUCCUCUCCGUUAUAUUGAGUGCUAUGCAGGUAAUAUUUGCUGUGUUGCCGCUCAUUAACGAUUCCGACGCGUCAUGGCUCGAUUUCGCAAAGCUGUCUCGGACGUUCUCUAUCAUGACACUGUUCGUUGUCGCCACUGUCAUUAUCUUUUUCCUACUGGCAUUCAUGAGUCUAGCUUCUCGAGAGACUAUCUACGCGCUAAAUGAUUUAUAUCAUAAUCGGCGGUCGACACAGACCAAGACGGAGGCAUAA